CACAAGAUUCCUCUACAAGUGAAUUUCUAAUCUUCUCAUCAACUUCUUCAUCAAAUAAAAUAUUCGUCGAGAAUGAAUUGUCUUUUUGUAAUUGUGGUAUUAUAUGCGACGAUCGCUGUAUCAUUAGGAUAUGAAAGCUGCACCAGUUCUCGACAGAAUCAAUUGAAAAACGGAAAUUCGCCCAUAAUUCACCAAUGCGACGAAAACGGCGAUUAUCUACCGCUACAACAAUAUGUUGAUCCCCCUCAUUGGAAAUGGUGUUUCGACAAAAACGGAGAAGUUCUGAUGGGUCCUUCAAGACAAAUCGAAACCUGUGUUUGUCCCUUAAAGAAGAUUGCGUCUGAAGAAGCAGGUGAGCCUGUACCCGAAUGCGAUAAGAAAGGUUAUUUCUCUGUGGAGCAAAAGGAAUUCGCUAGCAAAUGGUGCGUGGAUAAGAAUACAGGAGAAAUGACGUCCGAGUUAUACCCAAUUGAUUCAAGAAUUAAGUGUGAUUAA